AUGAAUGACCCGAACGGCUCGCUGGCGCAGCAGUACGAAAAGCUCCAAGCGAGCCUGCCGCCGUCGAUGAGGAUAAUCCAGCCCUGGGCCGCGGAAGGGAAGACCGAGCCCGGGGGGGCCGACGCUGCUUCCUUCCCGGCGCAAUACCAGUGCACGGUAAUCAAGGAAGAAGACAGCGACGGCAUCUCCAUCUCAAGCGAGAGCGUCCGUCUCGGUAGCGGCAAUGUCGUCAAGUCGGUCGUCUGGGACGCGGAAGCCGGCAAAAUGUGGACCGACCCCGAGGAGUACCAGCGCCACAUGACUCACCUCAUCAAUGACCGAAGCCGCCAGACUCAGUCGGCCAAGAAGUACCUUUUCAAGGAGGACAUGUUUGACUUGGUGAUGCCGUCUGGGUUGUCUUUGGGUGAGGCGGGUGAGUUGCUGGAGAGUUGCGAGGGCGAGUUGCAAGUAGUGGAAAAGGUGGUAUUGUCAGUGGAGGACGAGGGGUUGUUCCGCGUGCGUGAAGAGACGAUCGAGCCGUACUUUGCCGGGCAGUUGGGAUGGACUAGCGGCCAAGAGUGUUUAGGCGACUCGUCCGUUACAGGAAAGGGUGAAUGCGGACGGCGGUUCAGCGUGGACCAGGAGACGUUGAUGCAGAUGGACCCGAGUGACCGGGCAGUUGUCACGGACAUGGUGGCGGUGGUGACAGCAGUGCAGCAGCGACGACUUGCGAUCGAGCGCAAUCGGCGUCGACUUCACGUGUUGAUUGAAGACGGCAUUAAGAGCGUGGAACUCUACAGCGCUUAUCUCAACGCACUCCGUGCGUACGAUUCGUUUCUGCUGGCACGCGCUGCGCCACGUUGGGGUGAGGCCUCCUCACCCGCGCUCGCGCUGGCCCUCGCGAACGCCGAACACGACGUCAAACAUGACCGUGACGUCAAACAUGACGUCGAACAUGACGUCGAACAGGACGUCGAACACAGCGUCAGUAGCGACGAAGACACCAACCUCGUCACCAACGACCUUCUGGCUCGCGUAGAUAAUGUCUUUAAUCAUGACCUACCUCCUCUCGCCGGCCGACUCAUGACCACUGUUCCGGCCAACUCAUGUCCGGUCGGUCCUCAAGACGGUGAUCUAAACAGUUCUGCUCAAGAUCGCUGGUCAUCUGGGUCUCUGCACACAUCCAUUCUAACAGGGUCAGACAGUUUGGCGGCAUUGAGGAACUACCGACGUGUUAUCCUUCGGACAUGUGUGAAUAGUUUGAUGGCGAAGCGUCAUGAGAUCUUCGGAUUGUCUACCAUCUUAAAUGAGUCUCGAAUUUGGUCUGAAGACCUGCUCGAACGCGCUGUAAAACUGGAAAAAUUAAUUCAGAGCACGGUUGAUGAACUCAUACAAGGACCUUUCCCACUUUUACCAGUAGCACCACCCGUCAUUACCGACUGGCUGAAUGAAACUGAACAGGCAGCACACACGUGUGCUACCGUCAGUUACAUUCUAACAACCAAGGCCAAACUACAUCCCAAAGCUCUUAACCAUGCCGAAACACCCUCAAGGAAUAAUUGGGUUCUUGGCAUACCCCUCUUUGAAAGUUUCCUUGUUGAAGACUCAAGCAGCGCCACCGAUUCCGACCAAAAUUGA